CUCCCGCUCCGCUUCACCCAGUCCCAUACCCCAGCCGACCAGCCCGGCGCGCGGUGGCACUGUGGCAGCGCUCACACGGCAAUGCGGAAGGACGCUGCCGCCGCCGGCAUUGCGCCGGGUUCGGCGCCCGCGUUUCUCUGCUUCGACCUUAAGCCCUUCCUCGCCGCGCUCACCGUGCUCACGCUCCUCGCCGCCGCCUGGCAGCUCCGGCCUUACCAAUCCCUCCUCGCUUCCCCAUUCUCCGCUGCGUGCCCGCAACCCACCGCCGGCGUCUCGCUUCCCCGCGCGCUGGCCGUCCACGCCAAGAAGGCCUCCUCCGCCACCAACUCCACCGUUUCGUCCUCGCCGUCGCCGCCGCCCGGCCCCGAGCGGCGGGAGUUCCACGCCGUGGGCAGCGCGGCGGCGCUGUUCGUGCAGAUGGGCGCGUACCGCGGGGGUCCCUACACCUUCGCGGUCGUGGGGCUGGCGUCCAAGCCCACGCACGUCUACGGCAAGCCGUGGUUCCGCUGCGAGUGGGAGCCCAGCGACGCCUCGUCGCCGCCGAUGCGCGCGGCCAAGACGUACCACAUGCUCCCGGACUGGGGCUACGGCCGCGUCUACACCGUGGUGGUCGUGAACUGCACGUUCCCGCGCGUCCCCAACGCCGACAGCGCGGGCGGCAGGCUCGUCCUGUACGCGCACUACGGGCCGUCGCGGUCCCCGGCCUCCCGCCGCGAGCGGAUCGUGGCGCUGGAGGAGAGCCCCGGCGCCUACGACGAGGCCGCGUUCCGGACUACGCCGCCGCACCGGUACGACUACCUCUACUGCGGGUCCUCGCUGUACGGCAACCUGAGCGCGGCGCGGGUGCGGGAGUGGAUGGCGUACCACGCGCGCUUCUUCGGCGCCCGCUCCCACUUCGUGUUCCACGACGCCGGCGGCGUGGGCCCCGCCGUGCGCGCCGCGCUCGAGCCGUGGGUGCGCGCCGGCCGCGCCACGCUGCAGGACGUGCGCGCGCAGGCCGAGUACGAUGGGUGGUACCACAACCAGUUCCUCGUCGUCAACGACUGCCUGCACCGGUACCGGCACGCGGCCAAGUGGACCUUCUUCUUCGACGUCGACGAGUACAUGUUCCUGCCCGACGGCCGCGCGCUCGAGGAUGUGCUCGCCGAGCUUGAGCCGUACACGCAGUUCACCAUCGAACAGAACCCAAUGUCGAGCAAGCUGUGCGUCGAUGAUCCGGCGGCCGACUAUUCCAACCAAUGGGGAUUCGAGAAGCUGGUUUUCCGGAACUCGAUCACCGGGGUGAGGAGGGACAGGAAGUACGCGAUCCAGGCGAAGAACGCGUACGCCACAGGCGUCCACAUGUCCGAGAACGUGAUCGGCAACACCACGCACAAGACGGAGCACCUCAUCCGGUACUACCACUACCACAACACCAUCAACGUCCUCGGCGAGGUGUGCCGCGAGUUCGUCUCCGUUCCACCGAAGAAGGGCGGCGGCCUGACGUGGUCCGAGAAGACGCCCUGGUACUACGACGGCAGCAUGAAGCGCGUCGCCGGCGCUGUGCGCGAGUUCGAGAGGGAGACCAUCGGCGACGUGCGGCUAUGACGGACCAGCAGGAGUGCUGCUGAUGUACAGUUUUUGUGGUAUGGCUGUGAGCCAUUCAGGAAGGAGCUAGGCUGCCUUGGCUUACUGCGUUACCUGUUGGGUUCGGAGCUAUCUGAGCUGACAGAGAUGCAGCGAAAGCGAAGCUGCUGCAACCUUGUGUGCCGGUGGUGUUGUGUUGGCCCGUGAUUCUGAUGUGAUGAUGAUGAGAGGCAAAGAUGACGUUCUUGUAAAACAUAUAUAUGUCUGCAGUGUAAAUUCCAUUGCAUUUUUUUGUUGUUGCUGUUGUUGUUUUAUUGUUCAAAUAUACACAUUGUAUUCUGUUCUUGGAAGUUUCAGCAAUGUAGAAACCAUUCAGAACCGUGUUCUGUUUUAUGGCUUUUAUUUUG